AUGCAACUCUCACAGUAUAAGGAGCAGAGCUCGACCUGUGUGCACUGCCUGGAUCGCAAGAUGCUCAGCCAAUAUCCGCCUCGGCCCCGACUGACUCGGCUAGACAACAAGCAUGGCUCUUUUAUCCCCUCAACUAGCACUUCGCCAUCAUCUCCGACUUCCUCAACCUCACAGUCAAAUUCCCAGCCACAAGAGCACCCACCAUGUCUCUCAACCCACACCGAAGAAACCCUUCACCUGAAAGACCUCGAAUUGAUGAUGCACUGGUGCACAACAACCUACAAAUCCAUGGCUGGGAACCCCACCUCCGAACGAAUAUGGCAAACAACUAUCCCCCAGCUUUCUCUCCGCUACACAGGCCUUCGCCAAGGUAUCCUAGCCCUCUCGGCACUGCACCUCGCCUCAACCAGUACAUCUUCCCGGCGCUGGCGAUAUCUUGAAACAGCACGCUCGUACCAAGCGCAGGCGCUAGCAGGCCUCGGCAUCGAGAGUGCCGAAGACGCCCCGGAAGAAGAAAUCCAAGCGACCUUCGCACUGUGUUGCAUAAUGAUUGUAUUCACCUUCGGCUUCUGCCAGAUCGACAGCGAAACCGACUCGGACGAAGACCAGCCCGACGUGCUGGAUGAGUUCUUCGAGGUAUUCCAGCUGACCCGGUGGCUAGUCAGCAUCCUAGUGGCCUCGAUGGAACGCAUCACGGCGAGCGAGCUGGACCCGCUCUUCCACCCCGAAGACCCGCUCCCAACAAUGCCGGACAUGUCGCGGCUAGUGAUCCUCUCGCUACAGCGACAGAAUAACUUGGAGGCUAUGCGGGAUGUGACGCACGAGACGGAUCUGUAUGACUCGGCCAUUGAACAUCUCAGCCACGCGCUCGGGCUGCUGAUGAAGGGCGGCGAGCCCAAGGUCUUUGCGUUUUGGUGGAGUUUCCGUAUCCCUGCGGAGUUUCUGGAGCUACUCGAGUUGCGCCGGCCGUUUGCGCUUGUUGUUCUGGCGCAUUAUGUGGUUAUUCUGCAUAAUCUUAGGAGUUCAUGGUGGAUGGGCGAUUGGGGAAAUAGGAUUCUGCAGGAGAUUGGGGACAUUCUUGAUCCGAACUGGCAAGAUCUUAUAAACUGGCCGAUUGAUGCGACGGGGUGUUUCCUUCCGAGGAUUGACGCGCGAGUGCUCGCUUAG